AUGACUUUGCAGGAUAAGGUUCUCAUGCGCAAUGUACAGUACCGGGGCAGGCUGUACGACCGGUUCCCCAAGGUCUACAAUAUCUAUGUGCUGGGCGUAGUAGCGUGCAUUUCGGGUCUCAUGUUUGGCUUUGAUAUCUCGUCUAUGUCGUCUAUGAUCGGCACUACUCAUUACAAGGAAUACUUCAACAAUCCAGGCUCUACCGAGCAAGGUGGUAUUACGGCCUCUAUGUCUGCGGGUUCGUUCGCGGGCUCUUUGAUCUCAUCACAUUUCUCGGAUGUGUUUGGCCGUCGUGUGUCCUUGCAUCUGUGCGCAUCCUUGUGGAUUUUGGGAGCCAUUCUGCAGUCCGCCUCGCAAGACGUUGCUAUGUUGGUCGCGGGCCGUGUAAUCAGCGGAAUGGGUAUUGGGUUUGGGUCCUCCGCUGCUCCAGUAUACUGUUCCGAGAUUUCGCCUCCCAGGAUUCGUGGUACAAUUUGCGGCCUUUUCCAGUUUAGCGUCACAAUGGGUAUCAUGAUCUUGUUCUAUAUCGGCUACGGCUGUCAUUUUAUCAACGGGCAAGGUGCUUUCCGCGUGACUUGGGGCAUCCAAAUCGUGCCUGGCCUUGUUCUCCUGAUCGCCGCGUUUUUCCUUCCAGAAUCACCUCGUUGGCUUGCCAAUAAUGACCGUUGGGAAGAAGCCAGCGAAGUGGUAGCCCAAGUGGGAGCCAGAGGGAACCGUGAAGAUCCUCAAGUCAAAUUGCAGUUGGAGGAGAUUAAGGAGCAAGUUAUUUUGGACACUCAAGUGAGCUUUGGAUACCGCCAAUUGUUCCGCAAGAAGACUUUGAAUAAGACAAUUGUCGGAAUCUCCGCUCAGAUGUGGCAACAGCUGUGUGGUAUGAACGUGAUGAUGUACUACAUUGUCUUCAUUUUUCAAAUGGCAGGCUACUCGGGGGAUCAGGUUUUGGUUUCUGGCUCCAUUCAGUAUGUUCUGAACGUUGUGAUGACUAUCCCGGCUCUAUUUUUGGUAGACAAAGUUGGCAGAAGACCCGUUCUUUUGGUUGGUGGGAUAUUCAUGUUCAUUUGGUUGUUUGUCGUUGCUGGUCUGUUGGCGACAUACUCUGUGCCUGCGCCAGAAGGGUUCGAUGGAGAUGAAACCGUUACAAUCAGAAUACCUGAAGAUCACAAAGGUCCAGCUAAAGGUGUAAUUGCUGCAUCCUACCUGUUCGUGUGUUCCUUUGCUCCUACGUGGGGUAUAGGUAUCUGGAUUUAUUGUUCCGAAAUUUUCAACAAUGUUGAAAGAGCUAAAGGUUCAGCACUGUGUGCCUCCGUGAACUGGGCCUUCAACUUUGCACUGGCGAUGUUUGUCCCUCCCGCCUUUAAGAAUAUUAGCUGGAAAACUUACAUCAUCUUUGGGGUAUUCUCCGUUUGCCUAACCAUUCAAACGUUUUUCAUGUUCCCGGAGACCAAGGGUAAGACAUUGGAAGAAAUUGAUCAAAUGUGGGAAGACCGCAUUCCAGCGUGGAAGACGGGCUCUUACGUACCUGAACUACCUGUUAUUGAAGAUGAAGAAGGCAAUAAAUUGGGACUUCUCGCCAAUGCUCAACAUAUCGAGAAUGCUGAACGUGCUGGAAAUAUCAGCAACGAAAAACCUUUAUUUGAGCACCGCGACAGUGUUGAAAAUAGUACCGCUAGUCGUAGUAACUAA